AACUCUUCACCCCACCACAGCAGCGUAACUCAACCUCCCCGGCUCACAAGCACAAGAACAGUCCCCGACGACUCGUCAAGGCACCGACUUCAGCACUUCAAGAACACCAACAACAACACUUCAGCACAAUGUCCGGACGCGGAAAGGGAGGAAAGGGACUUGGAAAGGGAGGCGCAAAGCGUCACCGUAAGAUUCUGCGCGACAACAUUCAGGGUAUUACCAAGCCUGCCAUCCGUCGUCUUGCUCGUCGUGGUGGUGUAAAGCGUAUCUCUGGUCUUAUCUACGAAGAGACCCGUUCCGUUCUCAAGGUGUUCCUCGAGAACGUCAUUCGCGACGCUGUAACUUACACCGAGCACGCCAAGCGCAAGACUGUCACCUCACUGGAUGUUGUAUACGCCCUCAAACGCCAGGGCCGUACUCUCUACGGUUUCGGUGGAUAAGCAUUCUCACUCCCUCAAGAUAUCAAAUACAGAAGAACGGCGUUUGUCAACGCCAAUAGUUCAUUGCAUUAUUGUCGUGCUCUUCCUUGUACAUAUGAGUUUAAGCGAAUAAAUCAAUUGAUUGAUAACAA